AUGGACCCGCUUCUUACGCCUGCACUAUAUGAUUCGGUUGCGGAUGUGGAGAUGACUAUGGGGAAUGGAAAUGGAAAUGGAAAUGGUGAUAGGAAGAGGGGGCAGAAGAUGGUCAGGGUUGAUGGGAGGACGAGGCUUGCUAGGCUAUACCUUAUUGGGACCUGCUCGACCUUCCUAUCAGUUGAUGCCUUGAAGAUGGCGAUUACAGAGGCGAAAGCUGGGAGGGAUGUGGAAUUUUAUACAAGAGCCGUCGAAGCUUUGGCUCGUGUUGCUCCCCAUGAUCCGGAAGCGAAGUUGGAUGCUGCAUGGGUGGAUUAUACUUCGAAAGUUCUCAAGGCGGAAACGGACCGAUUAGAGCAUGAGCUUAAAGGAUAUAAGAACAACCUGAUCAAGGAGAGCAUACGGAUGGGCAAUGAAGAUUUGGGCCACCACUAUUAUCGCAUCGGAGAUCUAGCUUCUGCUUCCAAGGCCUACUCUCGGAUGAGAGAAUACUGUACCACAACCUCCCACAUCGCGUCUAUGCUAUUCAAAAGCAUCAAUGUUGCCAUUAAUCGCGGCGACUGGCUGGCGGUUCAAUCUAGUGUCCAACGACUUCGCAACCUGCAUUUCAAGCCCGAGGACGAAGCGAAGCACAAAGCUAAAAUGUUGGCUUCGCUCGGCCUGUCUCAACUUGCUUCAUCCUCUUACCAUGCUGCAGCACUAAGCUUCCUAGCAACGGACCCAGCCAUUGCAGAUAGCUACAAGGAGGCAAUAUCCGCCAACGACAUUGCUGUAUAUGGCGGUCUAUGCGCCCUGGCCUCCAUGGAUCGUGCCGACCUGCAGACCCAAGUCCUGGAAAACAAAUCAUUCCGCAACUUCCUCGAACUAGAACCUCACAUCCGUCGUGCGAUCUCCUUCUUUUGCUCCUCAAAAUUUCGCCCGUGUCUGGAUAUCCUGGAAGCCUAUAAGGCUGACUACCUCCUCGAUCUUCAUCUCCAGAAACACGUUCCUGUCCUCUACUCUCGUAUCCGCACUAAGGCUAUGCAACAGUACAUCAUACCUUAUAGCCGCGUGGUGCUAGACGCGAUGGUAAAAGUGUUUUCGCCGGGGCAAGCGGUGAUGAAACCGGGCACGGGUGGCGCCAUCGAUUUGAAUUCGCCGUUUAUCGUUGAACUUAUCGAUAUGAUUCAGAAAGGGGUGCUGGAUGGGCGCAUCGAUGUUGAGAAAGGCGUGCUUGUUACCAAAAAACAAGAUACAAGGGAAAAUCUGCAGCGGUCGGCUAUUAAUAAUGCAACGGAAUAUUUCAAUAUGGCACAUAUACAACUCCUGCGACUGAAUAUUAUUCAUGCUGGCUUGGAAAUUCCGCCUGUAGGUGCUGACAGGGAGAGCAGGCGUGGUAUGCGUGUCAAAGCUUCUGCGGCAGAUGCAGGGAAAAAACGGUUUUCGCUAGGUAGAGGGGCGAAGGAGUCGAAAGAAAUGGAGUGA